UGAGAAGUCGGACGUGUUCCCUGGACGCGUGUUCUAUUCACGCUUAAUUUUCGAUUUAACCCGACAGUUUUAAAAAGACCGUGACAGCUCGCAUUGAUUGCUGACCAAUUAGUGGAUUGUUCGAAAAAAAAAAAAAAAAAGAAAAAAGGCGCGCGGUGUCAUUGAUUGACGUUGAUUGGUUAAAUGAAGAUCCGUGUCGCUCUGAUUGGUUGCCGAACGAAUUCGAAUCGAUUUUUCCGUCGAGCAUUCGAUUAAUUGAAAUUGAAAAUUAAAUAAAUUUAAACUUGAAAUUGGAUACGUAGUCACUUGACACCCUUUCGCGAAAAUAAGGCAAAAAUAUUAUGCUCGAAAUUUUGAAAAAAAUUUGUGAAAAGAAAAUUUUAGAUAAUGAUGAUGGGCAAGUGUCACGCUAAGUCUCUAUAAAUAAAGGUGUACGUAAAAGCUGAGACUAGUGUGUAGGUGUACAUGAUAUUAAAAUACGAUUGCUACUAUUUAUGACGACUUUUAUUGCUUUUAAUUCUAUUCUAGACAUACUAAGCUGUAUCUCAAUUUUUCAACAUCAUCCUCAGAUGUUGUUCCAAAAUAGUUGAUCCACAAAUUUUGGACGGAGCUUGAGGAUCAGAAUGAAAAUACGAAGAUAUCGAUACGAUUUAGAGAUCGUUUCAGUAUUUUAAAAUAAAUAUCUAGGAAAUUUUUCCAUCCAGUUUAGUCGAAAUUAAAAAUGUCUGAAAUUGUGUCGCGAUCGAAGUGAUCAAUGUUGUUCCUUUCCUCGUUAAUGUUUAACUUUCCCAAAGGGAAAGACCGCCGUCACAUCGCAGUGAAAUUAAAAGUUUAAUCUAUUUUUCUUGUCGAAGGCGAGCAGCUUUUUAAUUGCGUCACCGUCAGAGGCAAUAAAGGACAGUUCGCGGUACUGCGUCAAGUCAAAUGUUUAAAAAAAAUGAAGAAGUUUCUUCGCGAAAGGGCUGUAUGUAAUGCUUAUUUGAAAACUUAUGCAUACUGAAUGAAACUGCUGUGAAAACUCAAGGCAGAACAAAGGUAAAAAUUAAGCGGGAAAUCAAACGGCUGGUAAAAGUAAAAUUUUUAAAUAAACAUAAAGGAAAAAUUAAAGAGAGAUUAAAUCGUUAUAAGGAAAAAGAAGAAAUAAAGCAGAAUUUAAUAGAAACGAUAUCUAAUUCGAUAAUCUAUUAAAGAAAAAAGUUAAAAAGAACUUAAUCGAUUAAACUCUACGAGCCACCGUGUUCGUCCUUUUCGCGUGAUUUCGGUCGAAAUGAGAAAAGAAUUGGUCGAGUUUUGCAAAGAAGAAUGAGGGUAAUUGAAAAGCCAAUAAAAAGGAGCCUUUCUAAUUGCUCAAUACCGAAGUUUGAAAAAACAGUUUUUAAACUUACGGUAAAAACUCGUGUAUGAGUCCAAUAAAGAGGUAAUCAAAAGCACGCGUGUUGCCGGAAGUUAGAAUUACCUUCCGAUGAACAUGUGCCGGAAGAUAGUGUCCUGUAAUAAGCUUCGCAAGUGCGACAUCAAGACCUGGCUGGUUUCGGAACGUUCUCUAAAUGAACUUGAUUGCUCACAACCUGUGACUUCCGGUCGUACUGUUUGGACGAUUGAUUAUUUCUUGAGAAGAUGUAAGUCUUCAAAGAUAUCUUAAAUUGCUUGAGAACAUAUAAUUACAAUAUUAUAUAAUAUUCAUUUGUGGUCAUUUUGAAAGAAUUGUCGAUGUAAUGAUAAUUUUUUAUCUAUAAUCUCCAGUCAGAUAUUUUGAGCUAGUCAGAAAUAGCCAAAUUUGGCAUUUUAUGCAAUUAAUUCUUUAUCCUUGAGGAGGAAGUUCUUUAUCUAUGAGCCAUAUAUUCGUUACAUACAUUAGAAAAUUUCGAGUGAAUUAAUACAUACCAUAAAAUACGUACCACACUGCGGAGACAAAGCUCAUUACGUGAAAAGUGGCACAAAUAUCGUUAGUUGUUGCGGCACGUUCGCACAAAUAAAACGACCAUGCUUCCUCUUUCCGGUACGUGUUAACGUCUUUUUCUUAAAAUAAGAUCGAUUGGUUACCAACGAGCGUGACAUGGUCAUUGAAUAAUAUUUAAUAGUAGCUUGGAAAAAUUCUCAGAAUAAAUAAAGGACAGAAAAUGUCGACAACUGAUUUCGUUUUUUCGAUUCGCUGAUAUGUUAUCUGUCAGUUAUUCCUUCUCUAUAUUAAAAGAGCAAGAUCUAUCCAAGAACUAUCACACUCGCAUGAUACACUGAACAUUACAGAUAUUCUGUAUAGAGAAAUUAGAAGAAAUUCAUUAAAAACGCUGAAAAAACAGUUGGUCACGCGACGCCUUGGAUUUUCCAUUUGCUAGCCUCGUUUCUCGUAUAAAUCUGUGGUAAAGAACAAAGGAAUAUUAAUUAUAGUUAUCAACUUGAUAUAUAUUAACAAAAAUAAAAUGAAUUAUAUAAAAAUACCAAAGUAAAAUCUUUGUGAUCUCGACAGCCCCUGUUUCCUUUGAUAAAUGUGCCAGUGUGUUAAUCAUCAGGAUUAAAUCGGCGAAAGGUAGAUGACGAUUGCGUUAAAAAUAUCAGCGUUUAUCGUGAUGGAAUUUCCAUCAAAUGCCAGCGAAUUGGCCGAUAAUUUGACUGUGACAGCGGUAAACGCGUCGACCCAUUCAGAACUUAAUCUACCAUAUACGGUUUGUGAAAUUUUGGUGGCGGUAUGCGCGGUGUUUGGUAAUGGUCUGGUGAUCAUAGUCUUCAGCAAAGAGAGGAAACUUCGUCGGCGAACCAAUUAUUACAUCAUCUCUUUAGCCACGGCUGAUUUGCUGGUCGGAUUAUUCGCCAUACCUUUUGCUAUUUUGGCCAGCAUCGGUUUACCGACGAAUCUACACGCCUGCCUAUUCACCGUCUCCGUGCUGAUCGUCCUCUGCACGAUUAGUAUCUUCUGUCUGGUGGCGGUGUCCGUAGAUCGUUACUGGGCGAUACUUCAUCCCAUGGGAUACUCACGCACCGUGCGCACUAAAACUGCCAUAGGUAUAAUCUGCGUGUGCUGGAUCGCCGGCACACUGGUCGGCUUCCUACCGCUUUUAGGUUGGAACGCGGGCAAGAAAUCUAACGAGAAAUGCAUCUUCACCGAAGUGAUGGAUUACGAUUACUUAGUGUUCCUGUAUUUCGCCACGAUCAUCUUUCCCGCGCUAUUAAUUGCAGCCUUCUACACCCAUAUAUACCGAGUGGUCGUAAAGCAGCUACAACAAAUUGUAACAAUGAAUCCGUGCCGCCGUGCCGGAAACCAGACAUGCAUGCUGCGCUUGCUCGGGGCAGCUAGGAAGCGUGAAGUGAAGGCAACGCAGAAUCUAUCGCGCAUCGUGCUCUUUUUCAUUAUCUGCUGGUUUCCACUUUACACAAUCAACUGUGUGAUGGCGUUCUGUCCAAGAUGUAGGGUUCACGAUGUCCUGAUGAAUUUUUGCAUAAUCCUGUCGCACUUGAAUUCAGCUGGCAAUCCGUUGUUAUACGCUUAUCAUUUGAAGGACUUCCGUGCGGCACUUAAGAAUUUCAUGUGGAAGCUUUUAUUUCCGCACAGCGACGUGAAAUCCAGCGUGGUCAGCGUGAUUCACGAUCGUGGAUCUUUGGUUGGCUCUCAGAGACAAUUCCAGAGGCAAGUAGGGGGACUGCCAUCUUCGAGGGUAGCCAGACCGAAUUUAUUGCGGCAGGUAACCGAUAUGAAAUCAAGAGUGUCAUUCUCUAUUCCUCGAAACGUUUCAGUUCGAGAGAAAAACGUUGGAAACGCAUCGAGCUCUUCGAGCGAUAAACAGGAAAAUGACAAUGCGAGCCAAAACAGCAACGAACUGCAACAAAAUGAAAGUGACAAUUUCGGAAAUGUUAAAAUCGACUCGAGUGUCUCGAGAUCGUCGAUGGAAUUACAGACUUACAAACCUUUAAUACCGCUUCUUCCAGCAGAGGUAGAUCACGUCGAGGAGACUCCACCGGCAUCCAUCUUUGUUAUCGAAGUGGAUGUAAAUCACGUGGAGUCCGUUCAUGAAAAACUUGGCGAGGAAUUAACGGAAAAUAAGGAUAAAGGUUGAUGAAUCUUCCACACUUCUGAUCUUGAGCAAAUUCAUUAAAAUUGAAUCCUGAUUCAAUUUAAUCUAAAAAUCGGUGAAUAUUAAUUUCACUAUUGAUAAUAAACUACUAAUAACGAUAUAUAUGGUAAUUACUUUUUGCCAUAAAUUAUUGAAAUUGCAAAAUAAAGUUUCCCAGAUGUGACGUAUCUUUGAUGUUAGUGUAUUAUAGUUGUAUAUGUAUGAUAUUUUGAAUCCUGGUGUUAAUACUUCACACAAAAUACGAAAAAGCAUUAACUUUUAGUAAAAUAAUGAAUAUUUGAUUAAAUGUAUUUUGAGAUUACAUCUUAAUCGUAAUGGUGAACAAUGAUAAUUACAAAGAAUGUAUUUAAAAAAAUUUAACCUUACAACAACCAUUUUUCUUAUGAAUAACGAAUAAUUUCAAAAAUAAUAUACGUACAUUCUUAAAACAAAUUUCUUAAAAUAAAUUCAUUGUUAAUGGUAAUUAAUCAUUAAUAGAUAUAUAACAUAUUUGCAAGUACAUAUCUAUAAUGGGAAACAACGAUCUCAUAUAGGUUACAUUUCAUGAAUAUGUAAUUUGCAUGGAAAUUAUGUGAAACAUACAUUAAGAAUAGAAAUGUCAAUCUUCCAUAAAUAAAUUAUGUAGAUGAACAAGUCAAUAUUAGAAUUUUAAAACUAAGAAGUAAUAAUAAAACGAUCUGUACGUAAAUGUUCAUUCCACAUUCUGUGUAUCACGCGACAACCGAAAUAAAUGUUACGAAAAUAUCA